AUGGGCGGGUGUUUGUCAAACUGCCUAAUUAUUCCAAAAGUCUCUUCGUCUGUUCCUCCACCUCCUCCUCCUACCGCCAAAGUUAUCUCUUUACAAGGACAUCUCCGGGAAUACCCUGUUCCUAUAUCCGUCUCCCGUGUUCUUCAGACUGAAAAUUCAUCUUCUUCCACUUCCGACUCUUUUCUAUGCAACUCCGACCGCUUAUACUUUGAUGAUUUCAUUCCGUCUUUGCCUCUCGACCACCAGCUCCACCCUAAUCAGAUCUAUUUCAUCCUUCCUUCCUCCAACCUCCACCACCGAUUGACCGCCCCAGAUAUGGCUGCCUUAGCCGUCAAAGCCACCCUCGCCCUCCAGAAUGCCUCCACCAACAACCUCCAUCUCUCCCAUCUCCCUCGUAAUAAGGGUCGUCGUCAUCGUAUUUCUCCCCUCUUUGAUCUUGAUAGCCCCAACGACCAACAACACGAACACGAACACGAACACGAACACGAACACGCCCUCUCCAUUAACUCCAACUCCAAGAACAACACCGCCUCCUCCUCCUCCGUUAAAAAAUUGCAGAGAUUGACAUCCAGAAGGGCAAAAAUGGCAGUUCGUUCCUUCAAACUCAGAUUGAGCACCAUCUAUGAAGGCACCGAUCUGUAG